AUGCGGGCCAACAUAGCGGUGCCGGCCGCGCUGACGUUUGCCGUGGUGGACGCGAUUUUGUCGACGCUUCCGCUCGGCCUCUACCACGCCGGAUGGAGCUUUGACGCCAAUCUCAUUUACAAGUAUCUCUUCUUCAUCGACGGCUACGACUUUUUCACCGAUCCCGUCGAUUUUGCCGCGCUCUCGCUCGUCAGGAUCAUUGUUUUGGUCGCCGGCUCGUUCCUGUGGCUGUUCAAGAAAAAUGAGCUGAUCCGCAUGCUGACGAUGCCCGUCCUCGGCGUGGCCAUACUUUGCUACAGCUGGGUGCUGGUAAAACUCCUCGCGCUGUCCGAAAAUUCGGAAGCAAUCGCCUGGCCGGGCGUCUGGCUCUCCAUCGUCCUGACGACGUUGUGCUCCGCCGGGAUGGUGUUGAUUUGGUACUUCGUCCUCGCCGCCAACCACAUCCCCUACGAGCGGCUCGUCGAGUUGGCCGAGGGCACGACGACGGCAAGCAGUACAACGGCCAAUGGCGCGGAGACUACGCCCGAAGACCCCGAAAAGCGGCUCUCCACCCUCGCCCACAUCAAGCGUCUGCUGGCGUAUUGCGGAAACGAGUGGCAAUGGUUCUCCACCGGAUUCGGGUUCUUGCUCAUUUAUUCAGCAGCUCGCGUCUUCAUCCCCUUCUACACGGGUCAAGUCAUCGCCACCAUCGUCCAGAUCAAGACCAUCUCCGAGUUGAUGCACUCGGUGCUGAUCAUGAGCGGCCUCACCCUCGUUUCCACCCUGUUCGGCGGCCUCCGCGGCGCGUGCUUCGACUACGCGAGCGCGCGCGUCAACCGGCAGAUCCGGCUGGACCUGUUCCGCUCGUUGGCCCACCAGGACAUUGCCUUCUUUGACGUCACAAAAUCAGGCGAAAUGAUCUCCCGCCUCACCUCGGACUGCCAGACGAUGGCCAGCACGGUGGCCGUCAACCUGAACGUGUUUUUGAGGAAUGGCGUCAUGUUGAUUGGCGCCCUCGGCUUCAUGUUCGCCCUCUCGUGGCGCCUCGCCCUCGUCACGUUCAUAGCCAUCCCCAUCGUCGGCUUCAUCACCAAGUGGUACGGCGCCUACUAUGAUAAACUGUCGGAGCGCACGCAGGAGACGAUCGCCAAGGCGAACCAGAUGGCCGAGGAGGUGCUGUCGACGAUGCGGACAGUUCGCUCGUUCGCGUGCGAGGACCGCGAGGUGAAGCGCUUCAAGGACCACAUCGACACUACGCUUGCCGUCAACAAGAAAAAAGCCUGGGCCUAUCUCGGCUACUCGUGGUGCAACGAGUUUUGCGACAACGCCAUCCUCGUCGCCGUCCUGUUCUAUGGCGGUCAUCUCGUGCUCUCUGGCCACCUCUCCACCGAGAACCUGAUCAAGUUCCUGAUGUACCAGAUGCAGCUCGGCGAGAAUCUUUAUAACAUUGGCUACGUGAUGACGGGUCUGAUGGAGAGUGUCGGGGCGAGUCGCAAGGUUUUCGAGUAUAUGAAUCGAUUCCCGGCCAUCCCGUUUGACGGUGUCCAGCGACCACAGGUCAGCGGUGCCGUCACCCUGGAGAACGUCUCGUUCACCUACCCCAGUCGCCCCAACAACCCUGUCCUCAAGGACUUUGACCUGAAGAUUGCCGCCGGCGAGACGGUGGCGCUGGUCGGACCGUCGGGUGGUGGAAAGUCGUCGGUCGUCUCCCUGAUACAGCACUUCUACGAGCCGACGAAGGGCCGUGUACUGCUCGACGGGAUCCCCAUCAAGGACAUCAGCCAUUGGUGGUAUCAUCAACGGAUCUCCCUCGUCGCCCAAGAACCCGUCCUCUACGACGGCUCCGUCCGCUACAACAUCCUCUACGGCUGCGACUGGGCCACCGAGGAGGAUAUGCAACACGCCGCCAAGACGGCCAACGUCCACUCGUUUGUCGAACGCCUCGAACAGGGCUACGACACCAACUGCGGCGAGAAGGGCGUCCAAAUGUCUGGUGGUCAGAAGCAGCGAAUCGCCAUCGCCCGGGCCCUCGUCCGCAACCCGGCCGUCCUCAUCCUCGAUGAAGCGACGUCGGCUUUGGAUGCGGAGAGCGAAGCGCUCGUUCAGGAUGCGCUGAGCAAAUGUGCCAAGGAGCGCACGGUGCUGAUCAUCGCCCACCGCCUCUCCACGAUCGAGAAGGCCGACCGCAUUUGUGUGCUCGAGGGCGGCACGUUGGUCCAGUCUGGCAACCACCGCGAGCUGAUGCGCGACCGGGACGGCUUGUACGCGGCGUUGGUGAAGAGACAGCUCCUCGCCGUCGCCAGCUCUCCAACUCACAGUCCCAUCCAGCCGAGCCCUCUCGCCCAGAUGAUCGCCGACGAGGAGCAGCAGGAGAAGCUCGUCGAAAUUCCGCCCUCCACCACCACCGAAAAGCCAUUU